GCUCUGGUAUCGUACUUGCUGGCACGGGGUGAACCUGGGAAGAAGAAAGACUUUAUGUUCUACUAUAUAUCCUUCCUCCGACCACCACCUUUGCAAGUCUCUCCUUCAGGGUCGAUAUCCAUAACACCACAAAUCGCAAAUGAUUUGCGCACCGAACGCUUCGCGGAGUCACAAGAAAUCUUUUAUUCAUGGUCGUACAAACAGCCCGGGGAAAAGACUGACUCCCUACCAAUCAUAACCAAACCACAGAAGCUAACAAUCUGGCGCGAAAGCAACGCAUACAAAGAGAUACCCGUGCCACUGCCUCCUGGAGUUAGAGAGGGACGGCUGUGCAGACUCAUUCUUACUGCUCAUGCACGAGGAGAUCCGCAUGUUGUCGAUUUGGCAUCAUUAAGUCUCGGAGAACGACCCUUUCCUGUCUUGUCCAUGCCUAUACACUUCAGCUCGCGCUCUUACAAGGGCAAACCAGGUGCCGGCAGUACCGGAAAACAAGAACAAAUCGAGCGUUUGUAUAGGAUACCCUUGGGCGGUGGCGAUGGACAGGCUUUUAUUACCGUUACAGAACAGACGUCCUUUGACCUGGAUAAGAAAAUAUGGGACAGCGGUAUCGGCUUGAGUUCAUGGAUUGUCGACUUACACAGUGAAGGAUCUGCGCUAAAAUCCUCAUUUGAACGCGUAGCGCUGCUCAAAGGUCUUCUCUUUUCCUCUGCUGCAGGAAACAUCAUUGAAUUGGGUGCAGGGACUGGGAUUGUUUCGUUGACUUUGGGCACAUUGCGCUCUGUUGUGCCGCUGCCGACUCAAGGAUGCGUCAUCACAACUGAUCUUCCUUCGGCAAUGCCCCUGCUGGAGCAUAACAUCCGGGCGAACGAAAGCCUUUUCAAUUCACCUUUCACUCGACCUCAAGCAGUAGUGCUCGAUUGGGACAUUGAAGAUGCACCAGAGGAGAUAUCUUGCAUAGACAGCGGGUUCGAUGUCAUUGUGAUGGCAGAUGUCACCUAUAAUACGGCCUCAUUUCCUUCCCUGAUCCGCACUCUCGUCAGUCUCGGCAGUUUACCAAGAUCUUCCAGUGCUGCCACACAGCGUCCCAUGAUACUCUUGGGAUACAAGGAACGCGAUCCUGCUGAACGAACGCUGUGGGAUAUGGCUCGAGAUGUGGGCAUAACGUUUGAGAAGGUAGGAGAAAAGCCUGGUGCUGGAGGAGAGCCUAUCGAAAUAUGGGUCGGAUCGUGGUGACGAUUCAGAAUAGUGUUGAAUGAUUCUAAAGCAACUCUGUUCUGAUGCGCUUUUUGAGUCGGGCAUUGCUGCUUCCGUGGUAGGCUGAAGGAGUGUCCAACUCGACUUUCUAAUACAUCAGAUGCGUGU